GGUAUAUAAAUUACAUCACAUCUGCUUGAAGUUCCACACCUUCAAUAUCCACACAAAAAAAAAGAAUUGCUAGAGCUUGAGAGAAACCUUAAAAUGGCUGAGGGACAACAAAACUCAGCUCACAUCAAUGGUGAAAACAUCAUCCCUCCAGAAGAUGUUGCUAAGUUCCUGCCCAAAACUGUUGAAGAAGGUGGAUGGGAAAAAUGUUGGGAAGACGGAGUAACACCAUGGGACCAAGGAAGAGCCACACCUCUCGUUGUCCAUCUUAUUGAAUCUUCUUCUCUUCCUCUUGGUCGUGCUCUUGUCCCCGGCUGUGGCGGAGGUCACGAUGUGGUUGCGAUGGCAAGCCCCGAACGUUACGUUGUUGGUUUGGAUAUUUCUGAAAGUGCCCUCGAGAAAGCUGCUGAGACUUACGGCUCCUCACCGAAGGCCAAGUACUUUACGUUCGUGAAGGAAGACUUCUUCACAUGGCGUCCUAACGAAUUAUUCGAUCUCAUUUUCGAUUAUGUGGUCUUCUGUGCCAUUGAGCCGGAGACGAGACCUGCAUGGGCCAAAGCCAUGUAUGAACUCUUAAAACCCGAUGGCGAACUCAUUACUCUCAUGUAUCCGAUUACCGAUCAUGAUGGUGGACCGCCAUACAAAGUAGCUGUCUCUACCUACGAAGAUGUUUUGGUUCCGGUAGGAUUCAAGGCAGUGUCCAUUGAAGAGAAUCCAUACUCCAUUGCCACUCGUAAGGGUAAAGAGAAGCUUGCUAGGUGGAAGAAGAUCAACUGAUCCAAGAAAGAUCUCUCUUACUCUUUACUAAGAGUCUUAUAUGCAUAUUCUACCAAUGUAUUAAGAAUGAAAUGAAUAUUCUAUAAAUUUGCUGAUUAUUAAUAAUAAACUUAAUGUUUGUGAUAAUAUAAUUCAAUUAAGAGA